AUGUUUAUAGUCCUGACUGGUCACGGUAGUACUGUCACGUCCGUCUCGUUCUCUCCGGAUGGGAAACACAUAGUCUCGGGCUCGUACGAUAGCCAUCUGAAGAUCUGGGAUGCUGAAACGGGGCAGACUGUGAGAGAGCCGGAAGAGGGACAUUAUAGCACUGUCAGGUCCGUCGCAUUCUCUCCGGACGGCAAAUAUGUCGUGUCAGCCUCAGACGACUGCACCAUCCGGAUUUGGGAUGUUGACUCGGGUUAUACGGCGGUCGGAGAACCUCUAGUGGGCCAUGAGGACUGGGUUAGAUGUGUUGCCUUCUCCCCGGAUGGGAAGUAUAUCAUCUCAGGAUCGGACGAUACUACACUUCGACUCUGGGAUGCGAAGACGAAGGAGAUGAUCGGAGUGCCUUGGAGUGGUCACGCAGACUAUGUUUUUGCUGUCGCGUUCUCUCCGGAUGGAAGAACCGUCGUCUCAGGGUCUGAUGACAAUACUAUCCGGGUUUGGACAGUCGAAACGGGACAGUUGGCCGUUCCUCCGCUCGCGGAUCACACCGCGUCUGUCUCGUCCGUCACCUUUUCCCCAGACGGCACGCACAUUGUCUCAGGUUCGAAGGACGGGACGGUCCGCAUAUGGAGCGUGGAUACAUGGCGAGUCGUAGGCGAUUCAUCCCAGCCUGAUGAAUGGAUCAACUGCGUCGGAUUCUCCCCGGACUCUCGGCGCGUCAUCUUCAGCACCAGUAACGGUGAAAUCCAUAUCGUUGACGCGAGCACGGGAAACCCAGUUGCAAAGCCGUAUACAGGGCAUGGAGCUGGGGUUGCAUCUGUCGCAUUCUCUCCAAAUGGGGCCCGUAUUGUGUCGGGCUCGUAUGAUAACACAGUUCAUAUCUGGGAUGUCUUGGAGCCGUUGCAGCCCCCGCAGUCGUCAGAGUCUGGGGAGCAAAACACUACCGAUGGUCCUCUUGACACGGUGGCGUGA